AUGAUUAAACAACCCAAAGUUCACCAAUUUAUGGAACAAAAUAAAUCUUCAACCCGUACAUUUCCACCACAGAGAUCCGCCAUUAUAUGGAACUCGAAUUAUCAACCAAAUUUCCAAUUUAAAAAUAUGUUUCAAAACCCGGAUUGCAUGAAUUCACAAGCAGAACUAUUAAAAAAUCGAUACAGCAAUGACCAAUCAACAUUUCAACCACGAUUGUAUCCUUGCAAAAUUUGUGGUCGAACAAAUCAUCGAACCAACGAUUGCUAUUACAAACGUACGACCGGAUGUUCUUAUUGUGGUCAAAAUCAUCAUGUCCGUGAUUGUACAUUUCGUCCAAAUUUUCAAUAA